ACGCCUCGUUCUGAAUGAAGCCUCCGCCUUCCUCCGCCUCCUCCCACCCCCGGGGGCGGAGCCGGCGAUGGUGGGGCGGAGGCUGGAGGAAGAGGAGGGGGGUUGGCCCUCAGCCCGCCCGGCCCAGCCCGGCCAGGCCAUGGAGGUCUACAUUCCGUCAUUUCGUUAUGAAGAGAGCGAGCUGGAGAGAGGCUACACGGUCUUUAAGAUAGAAGUGCUAAUGAGUGGACGGAAGCAUUUUGUAGAAAAAAGGUACAGUGAAUUUCAUGCUCUGCAUAAAAAGCUCAAGAAAUGUAUAAAAACUCCAGAAAUUCCUUCCAAACAUGUUAGAAACUGGGUCCCAAAAGUCUUGGAGCAGCGACGACAAGGUUUGGAAGCCUACUUACAGGCUGUCAUUUUGGAAAACGAGGAACUUCCAAAAUUAUUUCUUGAUUUUCUAAAUGUACGGCAUUUACCCUCUCUACCAAAGACAGAAAGUUGUGGCUCUUUCGAGGAAACAGAAUCUGAAGAGUCUAGCAAACUGUCCCACCAGCCAGUGCUGCUGUUCCUAAGGGAUCCAUAUGUCUUGCCUACAGCCAACGAUGAUUUUCCAAAUGUAGUUAUUGAAGGAGUUCUCCAUGGGAUAUUUUACCCUCAUCUACAGCCCAGGUAGAAAUCCUGUGUGGCUAAAGAAGCUGGAGCAAGUUUCAAAGUCUUAGUCAAGGAAAUUGAUAUCUCCCAAAUUACCUAAACUCCGUGAAAUAAUAGCUGUAGUCAUUGCUAAAAUUCAUAGUCCCAGCUACAUUCAGGGAAGUGUAUGUUUCCUUUAAAAUUGUGCUUUUUAAAAAUAGAAACUGAAUUUGGGGUUUGGGUCAAGCAAAGGCAAAAUUUUUAAGAAAUAGGAUAUAGCAGCCUGCCUAGAAGCGCAUAAAAAGGAGGCCUAUAGAGAACUUUCUUACGAAUGUUGCCUCCUGAAAAGCUCUUGUGCAGUAUAUGAAUGGAAUUCUUGUCUGCAUCAGCAACACUUUAAGUUAAAUGAGGGUCGCAUACUGAAGACUGAGACAAACUGAGACUGACAGAAUAACUUUGCAAACUUUGUUUAGUUUGGGUUUUGCAAUACACUAAUCUUGUUACCUUGGGAUUUUCCCAGCUGGCUAAAGGUGUAUACUGAAGAGCCGGCACCAAGGAAGGUUGUCACAGAAACAUUGGGACAAAUAAAUGUGAGAAAUUGGGGUUAAACUGGACAUUGAGAGUAAAUUGAAAAUAUUAGCAUAUUUGUAUUGGCUCUCCCCAUCCUCCCUCCCUGCCCCCCCCCUUAACAUAUCCAAUUCAUAUUUGAUUGGUGAAAAGUAAAGGAAUAUAUGCUUGCCACCUGCACUUGGACAUUUCAGCUGAAAACUAAAUAGCAACUCCAUUGUAAGGUGGUUGGUUUUAGUAAGCUCCUGGGUGGCAUUGUAUGCAGAAACAAAUUUAGAAUUCUAACUAAUGAACUCCACUACUACUAAUAAUAGUCUAGUUGCAUAAACUCAAGGCCUUCCUUCAUUUUUAAGAUAAAUUAUACAAAGGGCAUUUUAUGCUGCUUCAUGGUGAAGACAAGUAGUAUUGCCAAGUAGUAAAAUAGCAUCCACUUAGAAUAACAGGGCUUUUCCAAUGCUGGAGAUAUUACUAAAAUAGUUUGUAUAUUAAUGAAUACUGGGCUGUAAAAUAAACUUAAGAUACAAGAAAA